ACGACUUUGCCAAAAGAAGAAACGGAGGAGGGCGAUCGCGAGGUCUCUUCCCAUUUCCGACUUGAACAGCCCCCAACUGAAAGCCCCCAGGAAAAAAAGAAGAGACCAAAAAGUUCUGAGUGUUUAAACAAAGCAUCCAUUUUCAGAAAUUGCGAAAUGGAGGAAGAAAACAAACAUUCGCCCAAGGAUGAGAAAGAGACAGAGCAAGAGCCACUAAAAGCAAACGCUGAAGAAAAAGCAAAAUCAGAAGCAGCGCCAGCAUCGAAGAGCGGCUGGGGCGGUUGGGGCUUCUCUCCUCUCUCCGUUCUCUCAGAUCUCCAAAAAGCAGCCGAAGAAAUCUCUCGCAGUGCUGCUGCAGUUGCUCAGACGGCAGCAAAGAGCGUGACGGACGUGCAAACCAAUGAGGAGGACUCAGAAUCUUCUAAGAAUGAGGGAGAGGUAGAAGACUCUGCAAAUGAAAGUGAAAGUGGAGAUGAAAAGGACAAGUUACGGAAGUCUGCUCUGGAUAAAUUGGAGAAAGCUAGUGAGGAGUCAUUAUUUGGCCAGGGGUUGAAGGCUCUUGAUAAUUCUGUGGAGAAUUUGGCUUCUGGAGCAUGGAAUGCAUUAGGAAGUGCGUGGAGAGGGGGUACAGAUUUGGUUCACAAGAUCGAGCAUUCUGCUGUGAACCUCGCAGAUUCUAUUCAGCAAGGUGGUUUACCAGCAGCUGGUUCAGUUGCGCCAUCCAUAUUAGAGACUGGAAAGGCUUUUACGGCUAAAGGAAUGCAAGUGCUUGAACUUGUGGGAAAGGAGACCAUGGAUCUAUUGAUUACAGAGACUGGUAUUGAAGUUGAGAAGAAUUCAAAAGAAGCUGAACAACAAACUGAGGACGAUCAAUUGUAUGAGGAAGUAACAUUUGAUCGAUGCUUCUAUAUAUAUGGAGGUCCAGAACAGUUGGAGGAGCUGGAGGCGUUGUCCAACCACUAUGCCCUGUUAUUUAACCGAAGAAAAGGAAAAUUAUCAUUGGAACAGAAAUCUGCAUUUGAUGGAAAGCUAAAAGAGGUCCAGCAAAUUUUCAGUUUGAGCACUGAAAUGGAUGGAACUGGUGUAGAGACGGACAAAGGAAAAAAAAUAGAGACUCUGGCUGAGGGAAGUGGUGAUGAGAUGAAGAAUUUACACAACACAAGUGUUAGCAAGGCUGCUGAUAUGGCUGCAGGGUUCACAAGUGCCUUAGCUGGAUUAGCUGUUAAUGAUAUGAUCCAAAGGACUGCUGGCAGACUAGAGUCUCUUCACUCCGAGGGGGUUCAUAGACUCUCAGAAAUGUGCUGUUUUGCGGUGUCUCAACUGUUGAUGCUUGGUAAAUCCAUCAUUUCUAAUGCUAACAAGGUUCAGGAUGAAGAUGCUGAUGAGAAUAUAGACUGGCCUGAGGAUUCUAUUGAAAAAGCCAAGAUAAUCAGAGCGAAGGCACAGUCAAUGACAGGAUAUGUGGAAGCUGUUUCCAACAGCUUUAUUACAGGCAUAUCUGAUGUAGCUGAAGCUUAUUUAGCAGCCAUAAAGGGCGCCAGUGCCGAAGCACAUGAAGUUCUUCCACAAACUUCAGUCCAGGAAAAAGCAAGUGCCUUAUCCGAACAUCUGCAUGCAGAUCAGACAACAGCUCUGUGCAAAAUCCAGGAUGGGCUCCAAUACUUGUCUUAUGUACUCCUUUCAACCUCUAUGCCUUCUGCUUGAAAACGUGCCUUUAUUUGUUUCAUUAGUUCUAUUGUAAAUAGUUGCAGUUUAGAGUGGGUUUCACCCCCUGAUCUCAUUUAAAAUGUUUAUGCUACAACAUCUAUAUUGAAGUUAUUCAAGAAUAGAAGAUAUAAUUUCUCUGUUA